AGUCGUCAUUGAGUCGUCUGUCAGACAAACGUCCUGUGUUGAUUUUGUUGAAGUGAAGUUAUUUUGUUUCCUUUAUUAUUUCUACUCGUCGCGGGAAAGAGAUAAGUUGUAUUAAUCAAAGUGAUUGUUUUAUCUUAUUUUCUUAUAUUUGUGUUUGAUAAAGCGGCGUAAUCAUGGAUUCCCGCAAUAACGAAGAAAAUAACUUUUCUGAUGUUAUCGAUAAUUUGAUGAAUAUGUUUGGCAAAGUAAUGAGUGAAGACGUGAUUUCUGCCGUUGUUGAAAGCUGCGAAGGUGACUUGAACCUUUCUGUGGAUGCGAUCAUGAAUAUGACAAACGACGGCAACGUAAUAUCAGAAGAGGAACAGCAAGCACAUCCAGCAUUGGUUCAACCAGUAACUCAAACAAUAACAACUCCAAAAGUAACCCAACCAACCCAGCCUUCAACUUCGUAUGCUACAAUUUCUACAGCAAAACCUUCACAAAAAACUGGUGCUAUACCAAAAAGUCAUCAUAUUCCAAAACUGCAAUCUGACACCAUAUGGACUGAGCAAAUUAAAAAUAUAAUAACAACCAACAAUCAGGGUAGCAGGAUACUGAUCCUUAUGAGAGGUGUACCGGGAAGUGGAAAAUCAUAUCUGGCCCGAAAAUUAGUAGAUAUGAUGGUUGGUGGUGGUCCUCACAAUUAUAGGACUCAUAUCUUGACAACUGAUGACUAUUUCAUGAUCAGGGGUCAAUAUCAAUAUGACAAGUUUAGAUUGUCUGAAGCACAUGCUUGGAAUCAACAGAGAGCCAGAAGUGCGCUGAGGAUGGGAUUAAGUCCUGUUAUUAUUGACAAUACCAACAUUGAAUUAUGGGAAAUGGAGCCCUAUUUAAGGGAGGGAGUUAAGAACGGUUACAUCAUUGAAGUUGUAGAACCUACAACACCAUGGGCAAAAAAAGCCAAUAUACUCAUGAAAAAAAAUGUUCAUAAUGUGCCUUUAGUUUCCAUAAAAAGGAUGCUUGAGAAUUAUCGCGAGGGUAUAACUGGCGAAAUGUUGAAGAAUUCAUAUGGUUUGUCUUAUCCUCGUAGUAUGGUUCCUCCUGUGCAGCGAAAAGUUCCUUAUAUUUCCAAAGAGGAAAAAUCACCAAAAGAUAUUAAACCAGAUACCACUGCCGCCACCACUGCACCUGCAUCAGCUAGUACUACUCAAACAAACCCAAAAAAGCAGUUUUUUAAUUCAUCAGCAUCGUCAGACAUUAAUACUGAAAAUGCGGAUCAACAAAUGAUUGAUGUCAACAGAAAACAGCAGGAAACGUCCCAAAGCCAGAUUCCGAAUAAUUCAAAUGAUCUUGGCACUCCGUGGACGCAACAAAUGGUAGACGACCUAUUAGCAUUUCAUGCUCAUGAAAAGAUGCAACAGGAAACCUCCCGAAAAGAAAUUCCGGACACUCCGUGGACACAACAAAUGGUAGACGACAUGUUAGCAUUUCAUGCUCAUGAUAAAAGGCAAGAGGAAACAUCCCCAAAAGAGAUUCCGAAUAAUUUAAAUGCUCACAAUAGUCCGAAGACGCAAGAAAAAGUUAACGACAUAUUUGAUGCUCAUGAAAAAAAGUUAGAGGAAUUUGUAAAAGUCGAAAUAGAAUGGGAAAAUGGUGAUAAUUGGGAAGUUGAAGAGCAAGCUUCAAAAGAAAUCGGGAAUAGCAAAACCUCAGCUCAGUCUACCGUAUCAACACCAGAAGCAAAACCUCAAAGAAAACCUCGUACUUCUUCAGAUAUCUUUCGGGAGUCUACGCAAACACUUAUGCAAAACGUUGGCGACUGUCAUGAUUGGAGUAAAAUAUCAAUGUUUAUGCCAUCUUGGGAUGAUACACCUACACUACCAAAUGUUACUGUAGCGAAUGAAGUAUCAGUGGAAACCACAUCUUCAGGAACCUGUAUGGAAAUUGGGGAUACAAAUGUCAACGGAAAAUACAAAGUUAUCACUGCAUCUCCACGUAAUAUCAAUCUACAUCAUAUUUCAUUCCAACGUGAAAAGAUCCCACAAAAGAGAAUGCUUGAUAAAAGCAGCAUGACUAACGAAGUAAUGCUAUUUUCCGAAAAUGAUUUUGUUUGUCCAAAUCAAGAACAGCAUUUUAUCUCGUUUAGAAAGAUGUUCAAAAACAUUGCUCGCUCAGAUUUACGUGAUAUUUUCGAUAAAUGUCGCGGUGACGUAAAUUGGAGUGUUGAGAUUGUGCUGGAUGGAAUGAGUAAUAAUCAAUUAAAAACGUUGGACACUGAAGAAUUAUCAGACCCUGAAGAAGACAACCUGGAACAGUGUUCAUGCCUAGCUCAGUAUAAUAUUAUACCAGAUAUAGCUACACCUAGUGUAUCUGAGACUCCUACCCCAAAAAAGGAAAAAGUCUCCGUGGCAAAUAAGCCCCAGUCACAAAAGAAAAAGCGUGACGUGCCAAUGUCUGAAGAAACAAUUCAAAUUAAGCGCCAAAUUGAGCAGAAUGUUGUAAUAGCCGAUAAUCACUAUUCGAAGCAUUGCCUCAAGAUACGGAAGAUACGUCGUGGAGAACCAGAUGUAGAAGACAACGAUGGCGAAGAACUUGGGGCUGCUGCACUCUCACAAGCUACGUCGUCUGACUGUUCUGUCCCCGUGGAUAUGGAAGUUAGUGAUGACGAAAACGACUCUUCGGGUUCUAGCGUAAGCGGUGUUGACGAUGAUCUCAUAGUCACUUUUAAUUUGGGACACUCCUUCAUAGCAGAGUUAGAUGAAAAACUAGGCAGGAAAGGGAUUGAAUAUCCAUCGUACAUUGUGCCCAAGAUUAGCGUUCCCAUGUCUUUGUUGAACGAAUUCAAUGCCUUAUGGAUGGAAUCCUUGACCUUUCAGUUAGAUGAACAUGCAAACCAGGCUGCAGCUAUGAUGCAACAAGACGAAGAUUUUGCAAGGGAACUAGAAUUGAAAGAAGCAGAGAUGUCUCUUGCUGGCAAAGAGCCUGAAGUCCCCGACUUCAAGGAAAUAAUGGACAUGGACAUGGCACUUGCCAUCUAUCAGAAAGAUGUGGCUGAAUGGCGUAACAACAUGCCCACAGAUUUGGCAGCUAAGAUGACUAGGGACAAACUCUUCAAUCUGUUCCCAGAAGUUAGCCAAGACACCCUAACGGAACUGCUAAUGGCUCACGAUAACAAUUUCAACGCUACUGUCGAGGUAUUACUCACGUCUACUGGUCGCAGUGAUGUUUUGGAGCAAGAGAAUGGCGUCAAUAAGUUCGUAAUGGCUGAAGAAAUGAAGCUCAAGGACAAAAUUUUGGAAGAACAAAAGAAGGAGCUCUCUGAGACCGAAUGGCCUCUUCUGGGUAAAGGCGAAAAGGUCGACAUGGCUACGGUGGAAGCUUAUCGUGAAGAAGCGGACAACCAUCUCGCUCGGCGCAAUCUAAAUUACCAGAAGGCUCAGGAAUACAUUCGUCGCGGUAUGACUCAGGUGGCGAAUUACUAUUCAGAACUUGCUAACUUCCAUAAGCAGAAAUAUGAGUAUGCGAACAGCUUGGCUGUGGCUUCUUUGAUGCAAUUCCACGCAACGAAGAAUCCAGAUAGCACCACCAUAGAUCUGCAUUACUUGCGCGUGAAAGAAGCUCGAGAGUCUCUCGACAUUUUCAUCGACACCCAUAUCUCCAAGCUCAGAGACUCUGGAGUACGUCGCAAUCAAAUGUUGUUCUUCAUAACUGGUCGUGGAAGUCACAGCCAAGGACGUGCUCGCAUAAAACCAGCAACGAUUGAACGCUUGAAACAACGCGGCCUCGGAUAUACACUUAAGAAUCCCGGCCUGCUUGCUGCUAAAGUGAAUGUUGAUACGAAGUUGACGUACCAAGUCUCAGUUCCCUAGGGAACGUGUAACCAAGACAGUGACACUUUCUUCUUUAAAAGGCCGUGUCAUGUCUUGCUUGUAUUCGAUGGCGCUUUCACAUUUUACAAUGGCAGAGAAUACCCAGUUUUCUUCCCAGUUCUAGCCACAUACGGACCCGUCGUCUAUUGCUUACGCGCCUGCACUGAUUUCAGGUUUGCCAAAGAACUUACAAUUUGGCCAAAGUCGGAUGAUUUAGAAUUGAUCACGAAAUUGUCCCAAAUAAGUAUCAUUUGUGAUCCGCCAUUUUAUUAUGUUAAUUUUAAUGCGUUCAGCGUCUAUCGUUACCAGCCGUACAUGUAUUUUCCUAUAUUGCCGCCGCCGCCCGCGGUCAUAACUGAGAUAUCUCAGGUCUGGCCUUGCCUCGUUUGAAAUGUAUUGGUGUAGGGAUCUUCUUGGCAACUAAAGAGUUGCCAAUAAUUUUACCAGUAAUGUUUUCCUAGUUUGUAGUUCAUGAUUUGCUGUCUAUAUUAUGAAAAAACACAUUGGUGUUUUCCUAGGUUUAAUAUUUGUAAUCUCAAUGCCACGGGAUUAGUGUUUAUAUCGCAACACGCAAAAUAUGUCAAAGAAAUUUGCUUUUAAACGCAACACGGUAAGAGUGCACUGAUAUUACGAAAACCCACGAAUCAUAUGUAGGAUAAGUUGAAAAUGUUUGCUCAAAGGGAACGUUUUAAUUUAUGUUUUAAGUAUAACCAAAAA